AUGCAGCAGAGACCUGAAAUUGCGCAAGGAUUUUCAAAGAUUUCGAAGGAAGAAGUUAUGGAAUUUUGGGAGAAUGUGGCUAAGGAGCUAAAUAGUCUCGGUCCGCCAACUAAAGAUGUAUCGUUAGACUGGAAGGCAUAUAUCAAAAGAAAACUUGCAGACAACAAAAGAGAACAGUUGGCAACUGGUGGUGGUCGAAACAGGCAACAUAGUUUUAAUGAAAUGGAAGAAGAGGUAAUCCGGCUCACUGCUUUAGAGACGAGCACGCAUGGCAUAAAAAACACGGUGAGCGUUGGAUUACCUGAGCCAGUGGGCGGAGAAAAUGCUGAAGCUGUUGCUGACGUGUCAAUGGCCUCUGCUCCCUCUCCCUCACUUCCAAGGCGUGCUCCUGCGGCACAGAAACGUCCCGAUACCUCUGCAGCAGAUUUGCUAAAAGAGCAGUUGGUCCUGCAGAAAGACUUUUACGAAAAGAGCCUCCAACAUUUCACCCAGCAGGACACAAAGCUGGAUGAGCUUUGCUCUGGUGUUCGACGGUUGGGUAGAGCCACUGAAAAGGUUUACGAGCUGAAAAAAGAAGAGCUCGAAGAAAUUCGCAGGCAUAACAGAGCCAUGGAAAAUUUAACCGCGUGGAUGAUGAAGGCUCACUAUUUUCGUUCUCAUAAUAUGGUUCCAAGUUUUCUGAAACAUCAUCAACCACGCGAUAAUGAAUGCAAAUGUUGUGCAACGCUGCUGCAACAUUUGCGAUUUGACAUACCUUCGAAGGCUCGUAAUGAAGUUCACGAGCGCCUAGAAGACAUCUAA